GGCCCAUCUAUAAUCCUAGGUUAGCUGCGUAUAUCAGUAUAUAAACAUCAUCCCAUAGCAUAGCAUUACUUCAGCAGUUCCGUGUCUGCAAGGAACCGGAAGAUUAACACCCUCGUCUCCGGUCGAUAUUCCGGCAUAUAUACAGGUCACGGCCGCGGUAUCCGCUUUCAGUGGCGAGGAGGCUGCUGGUAAACGAAGCCAGAGAGCUAAAAUAUUCACAGGCUGUGGACGAUUUUCUCAAAGCUACUAGCUUCAGCAAACCCCUACCUCCAAGCGGGCGAUCCUUAGCAUCUCUGCAUAUCGACAAUGGUGACCGCGGGGAAGAAGACGAAGAAGACCCAUGAGAGCAUAAACAACAGGUUAGCUCUCGUCAUGAAGAGUGGUAAGUUUACACUUGGGUACAAAACCGUUCUCAAGACCCUCAGGAACUCCAAAGGAAAGCUUGUAUUGAUAUCUAACAAUUGCCCACCUCUGAGGAAGUCUGAGAUUGAGUACUAUGCUAUGCUUGCUAAGGUUGGGGUUCAUCAUUACAAUGGAAACAAUGUUGAUCUUGGGACAGCCUGUGGAAAGUAUUUCCGUGUGUCGUGCCUUAGCAUUGUUGAUCCAGGUGAUUCUGACAUCAUCAAGACUCUGCCGGGAGACCAAUAAGAGAUUUACUUAGUGGUGUUAAUCACAUGUCCUCUUUGUUUUGCACUUGUUUUCUCUGAGUUUGAGUCUGAUACUACUGGAUUACAUAUUAAGUGUUACCUAUUUGACUCUAAACGUCGAUGUUUCAAAUUUUGACUCAUUAUUAAAUACUUUGUUUAUAUCCUCCCUUACCUGCC